AUGACGCCCGCGAGCGACGACCUCGACGUCGCGACCCCGAUGGUCCCCCCGGGGAGCGCCCACCACAAGUCCACCACGUCGCGCGGCGCGGGGAACGGGAAGGUCAAGCGCCUGGACUCGUACUCGCUCGGGGACGACGUCGACGACAACCUCCAGCGCGUGGACGCGAUGUGGGCGGCGGAAUCCCCGCUGCACGUGGAGUGGCGCGAGGGGACGCCGAAGACGGGGCCGUUCGCGCCGCUGUUCGGCGCCGUACUCGCGCUCGUCGCGUCCGCGAGGGUGUACUUCAUGUUCCUCGUCACCGUGGAGUCGAUACUCGUCUCCGCGCUCUCCGUCGCGAGCGUGCUGCUGUUCUCGUUGUAUAAAGUGCACGGCAACAGGUUAGCCGUCGACGUCAGCUGGGCGUUCAUCUCGUUCGCGAUCGUGUUCCCGCUGACGAACUCCCUGAACGAGGCGUUCCGCCGACGCGAGGAAGCGCUCAGGAUGAUCGGCGAGGUGAAAGCGUACCUGCUGUCGUACUACCAAGGACACCGGGACUGGGACUGGGGCGCGAACGGCCGAGGGAAACUGCCGGCGGGGCAUCUCUCGCAAGUGCGGUACGUCGUCGCGCAGCUCGUCGUGGACAUGAGGGACGUCCUCACCGCGCCGAACACGACGCGGCAGGAGCACUUCCACACGGAGUGGGGGCGACGGCAGAGGAUGAAGAUGGCGACCAUCUACCGAGAGAUCAACCAGCGGAUCGCGUCGCAUUUCGAUAAGAUCUCCCACGCCGUCGAGGAGCUCAAAUACGGCGGCAUGCCCGGCAACGAGAGCUCGCGGUUGCGUCAGUACGUCACGCUCACGAUGUGCGCGUGGGAGAAGCUCAAGUUCAUAAAGAAGUACCGCACCCCGAUCGCGACGAGGGCGUUCGCGCGCGUGUACAUCUUCUUGCACCCGAUAUUCUGGGGUCCCUACUACGCGAGGCUCGUCGAGCAGAUGGUCGGCGACGACGACGCGUCCGCGGGCGCGUCUUCGCCGAGCGCGUCGCUCGUGGUGUGGGCGAACGUGUACGCGUGCACGCUCGCGGUGCUCACCUCGCUCGCGAUGAUGGGUCUGUUUAACGUUCGGUAUAACAUGGAGGAUCCGUUCUGCACGGACGUCAGAACGGCGGGGGGGGAGAUGGGCGGCGGCGGCGGCGCGGAGGCGGCGGGGGAGAAGGGGGGCGCGUCGACGCGGUCGGACCGGUCGUCGCGCGCCGUCGGCGCGUCGCAGCACAUCAGCAAAGGCGGGAUGGACUUGAUCCACGUGAAUCAAGAGUUCGCGGAGCUCAUGGAGUGCGUCAUGAAGGAAGCCACGGACGCGGGCGCGAACCCGUGCGGCGGCGGGCCGACCGCGAGGGUGUGGCCCGUGCCGGAACUCUCGAAGCUCGCGCACGUGACGUUCGCCGCGGGCGUGGACGUGACUCGAAUCGCGGGGGACGUGGACAGGCAAGCGCGCUGA